UGAACCAGGUCUGUGUACGUAUCGCUGUCGUCACCGCCACAAGGGGCGAACGCGGUAUCUGGUGCCGAAACCCGGGAGUUUUUUCUCCAACCACCCAGAGGAGAAUCUGCCGGACGCGGACGCCAUAGAGCUUCUUACCCUGAAGCAGUACCUGUGGACCCCGUUCGGAAGGAUUGCUCGGGAAGGCGCCUCAGAGGAGAAGGACCGAAACAAUCCCAUCUGAGUGCCUGAACGCCUGACACGGAGAGUGGCAAGACCAGAACCGGAAGUGCGAGAUGCCGAUGCCACUGAUGCUCAUCCUGCUACUGAUUCUUCAGCAGGCGAUAGCAGAACCCAGAGAACUAUGGGGUCUGGUGAAGGCUUGGCCUAUUCCACUCCCGAACUGGAUUCUGAAAAUCCUACAGAAUGUCUCCUGGAGUGCCAAAUCUGCCUACAAGAUACUGCAGGACUAUAGCCUUUUAACAUGGCUUUUAAGCAUCCUUGAGAACAAGUUUCUGGAGACCCCGCUGCUCUGCAGCAUAAUCUCCUUGCUGCACACUCUGUGGGUGACCAACCUGGGACACAGAGGCGUGGAGUUGGGGAGCCAGCCCCGCUGCAAGCCUGGGUCCCAGGAGCCACCAAAGCUGCUCGCCCUGCACCUGGUCAAUGAGUUCCUUUACGUUCUCAUCGUGCUCAUGAAGCACCUGAGGCCUGCCUUGCCCUCUGCCCAGCUGGCCAGUUUCUUCAGGGUGCUCAACUCUGUCCUUAAGUACCGGGCCACCGUCACACAGGCCUUCAGAGACAUGGACCGCUUCACCGUGAAUGAGACGGUGCUGUCCACCAAGAACGUUCUCAUCCUCCUGCACAAGUGGAGCCUCAUCGGGAGGGACACCGGGCUCCAAGAGGACCUGAGAGCAGCCAUUGAGAAAUACCAAGUCAAGGAGCUCCUGAAAAUGCUCAAGGAUAAGAACAGGCCUGUGGUGGCAGCCCGAUCCAGAGGCCCCUGGGGCCAAAGGAGGAGGCCUGGGGAGGCAGAGGAGGCGGCUGACCCUGAGCUGCAGGUGUCCAGCUUGGAGACGUGCAAGGGCCUCCUGAGGUCCAUGUUGACUCACUGGGGGCCAGUGUUCCCCAGCUGUGAGCCUGCUCAGGAGCCUGCAGACAGGACCACUCCUGAGAGCAGGGCACCGGGCCCUGUGCACGCCACCGCUUCCCUGGCAACCACCUGGGUGCUGUGCUCAGUGACCAUUGACCCACUCAGCAGGGCAGAUGCUGCCGGACUCCUUGGAUGGCUUAAGACCCACAUUUUGCCACAGCCGGUCAUUGUGGCUGACCUUCUUGGGGACAGUCGUGUGAGGAGUGGCAUAUUUAAGCUGUACAGCCGGCUCUGCAGUACCAAGGGGCUGUCCGGGCCCGUGCAGAGUGUGGCCUGCCUGUUGAACACGGUCAUGCUGCAGCUUGUGGGGGCCCGGGGCCCAGCAGGGAGCUCCCUCCGGCCGGCAGUUGAGGCUCUCCACCUGGCUUCUCUGAAGGAGGAGGAUGAAGCCACACUAGCUGCAGCAGCAUUCCUGGUGUCUCUGUACAUUAAGGACGUCUGGCUGGGGGCCCAGCGGCCAGACACCCUCCUAACGCAUGUCCAGAUGGUCUGUGACUCUGCAGAGGACGUGCCAAGUGGUAACGAGGCCGUCUUCGUGCACUGCAAGGAACUCGCCGCCUCAGCCCCAGAUGCUUGACGCCCUGCCUGCUGUCUGCAGUGCCGGGUUCUAGAAGUUUGAGUCAAACGUUUCUGUGGAGGGCAUGCAAAAGGAUGGGCUCUGGAUAUUGCUGGUUUCCUGACAAGAAAAGUGGACUAUUUAACUGACCAAUAAAUAAUGAACCCAAGGGACUGUUUCCACAGUCCUAGUAGGCAUGGGGUCUUUGGGGCCAUGAGCCCAUCCAGUGUUUAGUUAGGCAAGACCCUUCCUGUCGGGUUCAUCGUUCUCCAAAGGAAAUACUUCAAGUUGAGGUAACACUUCUGAGCACUUAAGGGAUUUGUGGGUAUUAAUUCUAAAGUGUCCAAAAAUUAUUGGAUAAAAGGGCAUGAAGAGAUGUUUAAAGCUUUCUUUUUCUAUAAGAAGUCAAAAGAAAGGUUGGUAUAACUUUUUCACUAAGAAGCUCCUGCCAGUGUUCAUUAUUUUAUUGAAAAGAUGUUAACACUAAAUCCUUUAAGUAUAGAGUUGAUGUGCCCUCUGCUUUGGGAAGUCAGACUGUAUUUUUUUUAAUUGUGUUUCAAAGAGGGGAUUUGGAAUUUUAUAACUUGUUAAUAAAUGUCCAUUUUUGUUAGA